UUUUGUCGCCGUCCUCCUCCUUUGGGAAUAUCUCUCCUCUGCUUCUGCCCGCUUCUUCUGUAACUCUGUAUCUCUCGUCUUGCUCCCCGGCGAUCUCCGAUCUGCAACGGCAACCUCUUCCGCUCCUCUGGCCACUCUGUUCUUAACCAGCCGAAGCAAGAGGUUUCGAGUAUGGCCGGACACGAUGAUUCUGGUUCUUCUGAUAAGAAGUCAAGCGAUGCCAUGGAUUUGCCAAUCUUCAAUGCCGAGAAUUUGCAGAGUAACAUGAAAGUUAUCUAUUACAGCCGAACAUUUAUGUCUAUCAUUGGAGGCGUCACUGCUGGAAUUCUGGGUUUUACUGGCUUGACUGGGUUCAUCUUCUAUUUGUUUAUCAUGGCAAUUACCUCAGUGGGUCUCACAGCCAAGACUGGAUUUUCAAUUCGUUCAUAUUUUGAUAGCUGGAAUCAGAUCGUACUGGAUGGCUUCUUGGGUGGACUCAUGUCGUUCGUGCUGUUCUGGACAUUUGCUUAUGAUAUCGUGCAUAUAUUCUGAGGAACUGCUGGCAUGUUGAGUUUGCCGAGAAGAGUUCAUGCUACAAUCUGGUCCCAUAAGGUCGUAUCUCUUUCCGGGCGAUCACGGGGAGGCCAUUCUUUAUCUGCUUUUCGGGGGCACUUUUGUGUUCUGACAUCAUUAACUUGAUGGUCUGAAGAAAGAACUUAUGUGCCUUGUAAACUCAUUGCAGCUCGGAUUAGAAAGAUUUUUGUAUGUUCACUUGUUUAGCAAUUUGAACUACGGACUUAGCCGAGAAACUCCAAUAUUGGACUUGAAUUACCUGUG